AUGUUUAAUGGCAAGCUUCUGGUGGGGGCACCACUUGGCCAGAACCUGCAACCUGGAUCGAAUCAUUCCGGGGCCCUUUUCAAAUGCCCAGUAUCAAAUUAUGACGAUGACUGUGAACAAGUCGAAACUGACGGAAAAAGAGAUGCCAGCGGGAAGUAUAUAUUCGACGACUUUGAUUAUGAUGACGAAGGAGGUGAAAACACAUCACUGAAAGGUCCAGGAUUAGAUGAAAUCAAGACAGGGCAGUGGCUAGGGGUAACUGUAAAGUCUCAAAAACCAGGUGGUAUUGUUAUAGUCUGUGCUCAUAGGUAUAUACAAAGCCCAGACUUAUCAAAAUUCCAUUAUGGCCAAGGCCUUUGCUAUUUAUUAAAUUCAGACCUGAAUACCUAUGAAAGUUUACAAUUAUGCAAGGGAAAACCAGUUGAAAAAUUACAUCAACAGUUUGGUUUUUGUCAAGUUGGCACAAGUGCUUCGUUUGUUGGUGAUGAAUUUGCCUUGAUGGGUGCUCCAGGUCCGUUCACAUGGAGAGGAACUGUUUUUGGCCAAGUUGUCGUUGGUGAUUUUUUAACAAAAGACAAAACAACUUAUCACGGACCUUUAAGUGACACCGAAAUUAUUGAAAAAUAUAGCUAUUUAGGCAUGAGUGUGGGAGGUGGUCACUUCUCUAAUAGAAGUGCAUAUACUUAUAUUUCUGGAGCUCCAAGAUCCAAAAUGAAAGGCCAAGUUUACUUCUUUGAAAAAUAUAAUAAUGAAGAAUUAAAUAUAUCGUUAAUAAUUACUGGUGAACAAUUUGCUUCUAGCUUUGGGUACGAAAUGCUCGCUGCUGAUGUAAAUAAUGAUGGAUAUGAUGAUUUACUAGUAGGUGCCCCAUUUUAUUAUGGUGAAAAGAAAGGAGGAGCUGUUUACAUUUAUUAUAACAUUAGAGAUUGCACUUGGGACAACUGCACUUGGGAUAAAGUUUUCUAUGGGAAGACUCAAUCAAGAUAUGGUUUUUCUAUGACAUCAGUUGGUGAUAUUAAUAAGGAUGGAUAUAACGAUGUAGCAAUUGGUGCUCCUUAUGAAGAAGAUCAUGGUGCUGUUUAUAUAUAUUUAGGUUCACCAAAUGGAUUAAAUCCAGAACCCUCACAGGUGAUACGAAUUAAGCAGUUAAAAACUUUGGGAUAUUCACUAAGUGGCGGAAUAGACAUGGACAACAAUGGAUAUCCAGAUUUAUUGGUUGGAGCAUAUGAAUCUGAAAAGGCACUACUUUUCAAAACAAGACCUAUUAUAGAUAUAAAAAUUAAAAUAAAAAGCGAUGAGCUAAAGAAUAUAAAUUCUACAAGAAAGGGAUGCUUGGCUGACCCAACAAAUCAUAAUUAUACUUGUUUUUCGUUCCAGUCAUGUUUCUCAAUUAUAGGGAAGUUAAAAAAAGCAGAUAAUUUUAAUGUAAAUUAUCAUAUCAUGGAAGUAAAGAAACACGUUUCGAGAAUAUGGUUCAAGGAUGAACUUCAUGUUGAUAAACGUUCGUCAAUGCAAACAAAAACUGUGACAGUUAGUGGUAGUUCAAAACAAUAUUGUCAGGAUGAAACUGCAUACAUAAAGGAAGGUAUUACUGACAUACUUUCUCCCAUUAAACUCCGUGUCAAUUAUACUUUAGAGGAGAACAGGUAUCAUUCACCUAUUCUAAACAAAACAUCGGUAAAAACAUUCGAGGCAACAUUCCAAAAAGAAUGCGGAGACGAUGAUAUCUGUGAAAGCAAUCUUGUUUUAGAUGUAACAACUAAUUUACAAAAAAGUCCCGAUGGUGUAUACAAAGUUGAUAAAGUUGAUGAAGACUUUAUUCUGCAAGCACAAGUAAAGAAUUUGAAUGAACCUGCAUAUGAAGCGAAACUGUUUGUUGUUCACCCAAGCGCGCUGAGUUAUAUUGCACUAAAAACUGAAAAGAAUGAUCUUGUCAAUGUAAAAUGUUCAGUUACAAACGAAACAUUAGUUGCGUGUGAUCUUGGGAAUCCAUUUCAUGGUAAACAAUCCAUACUACUUAAUUUGAGAUUCGAGGUGAUAAAAACUACAAAAGAACAAAAAUUGGAUCUUAGGGUUUUUGUAAAUUCCACUUCUAGAGAGCUCUCAAAAACAACCUCACAAACACUUGUGGCUAUUUUACAAAAAAUUGCAGAAUUUCACAUUAGCGGGAAAGGAACUUCUAAUCUAUUCUAUGGAGGAAAAAUUGUUGGUGAAUCUGCAAUGAAGUAUCUAGAGGAUAUUGGAGCAAGGGUCACUCACAAAUAUCAAAUAGACAACAAUGGGCAAUGGGAUUUGCCAGAUAUUAAAGUUACUGUAAGAUGGCCAAUACAAGUUUCUCCAGGCCCUGACGCAGGAAGCAGACCAGGGAAAUGGUUGUUAUACUUAGAAAGUGUCCCAGUAAUUAGUGGUCCUGGUGUCACUGGGUAUUGUGAAGUUCUUGACCGAUCUAAGGUCAACGAAUUAAAUCUAACUUUAGCUAAACAAAUUGAUGAAUCAGAUAAUUUAACACGACAUGAUUCCCUCACGGAAACCAAUAAAAGUGCAACAGUCCAUUCUAGGCGGAAACGGGAUGUAAACUAUGUUGUACCCACUCAAAUCACAGAACGUGGUGGAAAAAAACGUAAAAUUGUUGUUAUGGAUUGCGAUGACGGUACAGCGAAAUGUGUAGAAAUAAUGUGCUCAAUUAAAGAUCUCAGAAAAGAUAAUACAGCUUAUGUGGAUAUUAAAAGUCGCAUAUGGAAUUCAACACUAGUAGAAGACUAUAGCAAAGUAGACUGGGUUACAAUAAGAUCUAAAAUAGAAAUUGAAAUUACCGAUAAAACAUUCAAUAUCAGUGGUAAAUCAGUCCCACAGUCAUCUAUUGAAACGACAGCAUAUCCAGAAAUAGUCUUAACAGAGGGUGUCAACUGGUGGAUAAUUGGAGGAGCAAUUUUAGCUGGUCUUCUGUUGCUCAUCCUCCUUAUAGUGAUACUAUAUAAAUGUGGGUUCUUUAAAAGGAAACGAGUUAGUAACGAUCCUACACUCUCCGGUAAUUUACAGAAGAAAGGUGAAUCCGAGACUUUACUUGCAAAUAAAUAGAAAUAUUUAUUUUUGUUUUGAAUCAAAAUGUGAUAGAGGUGUUAUUUAUUUAUUAGUUCAAUAUUUCGCACUAAUGCUGAACAUAUUUUUAAGUACUUAAUUUUUAAAUUGUUAUACUAUGUAGGUGCAGACUGUUUCAAGAUCGGUUGCAAAUAACGGUGAACGUUUGAUAUACAAGUCAAUCAAGCAGUUUAAAAAUCAUCCCAAAAAGCAUCAUAUAAAUCAUUCGAUUUAUUAACUAUAGUGGAAGAAAUGUUAUUGGAAACUUUAUCUUUGAUUUUUUUUACCUGCAGGCAGCUAAUUUCUAAAGGCCUUUAGAAAUUUACUAUACAAAUUGACUUAUUGUCAUUCAUUUAUUAUACAGAGUGUCUCACUUAAUUUUAGCGAUGUUAACAAACUAAGCUAUGUCUUGUUGAACAAUUUUCAUUUCGUAUGAAUAUCAAUAAAGUUAUUGACAAAUAAUGUCUUUUCCGCAUUUGUAUUAAAAUGGUUGUGCUGGUAUUAUAAUCAUAUGAGUAAAUAAAUGAGAGGAUUUUAUUGGACAGGGCGGACAGAGCAUGCAUUCACUGAGGCCAUCUCGUGUUGGUGCAGCAAAACAUUGUCCUUUAUAGAAAUUAUUAAACAGAAAUCUGCAACCACAGAUCGAAUCUGUAGCCUUUUUUCGCAACUGAAUAUUGGUGAACAUCUGACUUGUAGUUACUUUUUCUAUCUCUCUUGAUCUUAGUUGUCAUAUCUUAGUUUAAAUCCCUUCAUUCACUCACACUACACAUACUACAACAUACUCGCGAAAAAAAGCCUUGUUUGUAUUUCCAAUCUUUCAAUCAACAGAAAAUACAGAAACAGAAUGUUUGAGGUUAUAAGUAUUUUAUGUUCAGGUAGGUUCCCGCUUUUUGUGCAUUAAUAAAUUGGUUUUGUUUUAGAUUAAUGUAAUAAGGGAUUUAUUGAAUCAAUCAUCUAAACUGCCUUACUGUUUUUUUUUUCGUUUUUUAUCCAAAAUGAGUACCUGGUAGAACUAAACGUCAAUGUUGUGUUCCAAAUUGCAAAAACAUUUCCGACUAUAUGAAUAUCUGUAAUACGUGAUAGAAUCAGUUUGAAAAUUAUAUAGAUCAGAAUUUACUCCGACAAACACAUCAUUAUUUUUAUGAAGACCAUUUUGAGUUAAAAUGUUUAAAAAACAGUAAUAGGAUAGGAAGUGCUUUUGAGGAUCAACUACAAGUUCACCUAUUAAUUAUAAUAAUAUCACCUUGGAAUCCUCGGAUAGUAUCCAACAUUCAGCAAAACAAUUUGUUAACGUAACAUUACAGAAUUUUCAGAGUACGAGCUGCCAAACUUCAAUUUAGGAUGAUUUCUCACCUCCACCUUUCAAAAAACGGAAAUGCACAUAUUUAAAAUUGUUAUUUGCUAUAAGUGCUAUAAGUGUAGUACAUUACAUCGCACUGAUGAGAACCAAUAAUUAGUUCGAAACAAAUGUAUCUAACCAUAAUUUUUGUCAAGUAACCGUACAAUGCAUUUUAUAUAAAGGCAGGUAAAUAAUUUUUUCAAAUUCUUUAAAAGUCUCCCUGUACGUUUUUUUUUUCAUACUUAAAUAUUCAUAACGUAAUGAGUUUGUAUAUUUGUCACACAUUUAAAUAUCACUGCUUUAACUUUUUCAUUUAACCAAGUGUUUCAUAAGUAAUGGGUCAUGGAACAGUCGUUAAUGGUUCACGUUAAUUUCAAUUAUUAAAUAAACUAUUAGUAGCUGUUUUGUGAUGUAUUACUUAUGAAAUACUUUUUAUUCUUAGUAUAUUUCGUUACAUUUAAAUUUACCGCCAUUAUGGUACAGUGACAUCUAUUAGAUAGUAGAAUUAGAGGUUACUCUAAUUGUGUUUUCGAAUGCAGUUUCCUUAAUUAUUUUAUGGUCUGUGGUUUACGAGUGUGUUGUUUGCUGCACCAUGUACAGAUGGCGGUACUCUGCCGCUGCUGCCGACAGAAGACACGGAAUAAAACGCUCUUAUUUAGUUACUCAUAUUGGUAUGUGUCGAAAAAUUAAAAUUAUUUUUAAAACUUGUUAAUAUGAAACGAAAAAUCUGCUACUAUCUGCUAAUGUAAUUUAAAAUCAUAGAAAAUUACCUUUUGUAAAAAUUGUACAUGUUCAAAACACCAAGUGUGAUUUAUUAAAAAACUAUUCAUUUUCCAAGUCCAAAUUGUCAUUCCAAUUUCCAUUAGUUUUGAUCUCUUAGGUCAUAAAAUAAAGUAUGAGUAUGAUUUAAUCACAAACCUAAAACAAAAAUCGACUGCAUGCUACUAAACAGGGUAUAGCAAAAGUACCGGAACGGCGGGAGAACAUUUUAGAGAAAAAUGUAUAAUACAAAAGUUUCAGGAUUUCUCCUUGGCUAUCCGAUGGGGACCUUGACAUUGACCUUGACCUUGACCUUGAAGAUCAUUUCAAGGUCAAAUGUGAUUUUUCAAAUGGGACCCUAUACUUUUGCCCUCAGAAAUGAAAAGAGUGAAAAGUUUUACAUUCAGAUAUGGCCUUGAGUGGACCUAUACAAAAGUAUAGGAAAGCAGAAUAACUCGGCGGGAGAGCAUUUUAGAGAAAAAUGUUAAAUACAACUCAGACUGCGCAGGUGCCAGUACCCUUCGAAGGACUGUCCUUCAUCUGGGUGAAAACUAUCAUCAGAGACUGGGUCAACCAGGAGCACAUGAAUUGGUGGUGGGGAUCCAGUAGUUGUAGUCAGUCUAAUUGUAAGAUGUUAGGACCCAUACCAAACAAGGAGUGGAUUUUCUCUUUUCAUUUUUAAGGUAAAAAGUAUAGGGUCGCAUUUGAAAAAUCACAUUUGACCUUGAAAUGAUCUUCAAGAUGAAGGUCAAUGUCAAGGUCACCAUCGGAUAGCCAGGGAGAAACAAUGAAACUUUUGUAUUUAACAUUUUUCUCUAAAAUGCUCUCUUGUCGAGUUAUUCUGCCAUUGCUGUACUUUUGUUAGUUUGACCUUGGGGCCCAAGGUCAAAAGGGAGAACUCAAGGUCAUAUCUGAAUGUAAAAUUUUCCGCUAUUUUCAUUUCUGAGGUCAAAAGUAUAGGAUCCCAUUUGAAAAAUCACAUUUGACCUUGAACUGAUCUUCAAGGUCAAUGUCAAGGUCAC